CAGGAAUGAUGAACAGCCGCGCGCUUUGCCUCUACAUCGCGCUCCUCUACCCUAUUCCCAAAACAUUGACGGAAUACUCAACCAAUACUGACUCGGAGUACGAGUUUGGGGAUUACCGGGGCAAGUGGUGCAUAGACGACCACGGAUUUGUGUAUAGCAUCGGGGAGGUGUACUACCCCAGUCCAUCUGCUUGUCCGUGCACCUGCACUGAAGACGGACCCGUGUGCAUACGACCCAAGUGUCCUCGCAUUCAUCCUCGAUGUACGCGGAUUAAAUACAAGUCUUGCUGUCCAGUGUGUGAGGCAGUUAGCAAAGUGUGUGUAUAUGGUGGCAAAAUGUACAGAAUACUCGAGGAAUUCAGGGUGAGAUUUAUUUUUUAAAGAAACAUUGACUAAAAAUAUGAUCCAUCUACUUUAAGUGACUUUGUAUACAUUAUCCGAAGUUGAAUCUUGGAAUUUGUUUAUUAUACUGUAUUAUACUCCUUAUGUCAAAGCAGUGUUUUUGUGUGUGUCUAGCCUGAUGGUGGAGAUGGGAACAUUGGUUAUUGAUUUAUCCUCUAUUGCAUGAGAGAUGUAGUCUUAUUGUCGAGUGUAACCAUAACAGUACUCUCCAUCAACAAGGGCUCAUGUGGGGGUCAACAGUUGAGAUGGCAUGACCUUUAGCCUGAGGUGACAUUUCAUAUGAUCUAUUUUUAAUUGAAAAGAGUAUUCAGGUAUUACAUUGACGCACGCUUCAUAGGUUUUUCAAGUAUUAUGAUUCCUUCCAAAUGACAGGAGAACACAGAGUUUAACUUUUGAGAGAAAGUGACUGGUAGAAAAUGUCUAAAGAUGUGUCUAACCUUUUGUUUCAGUUGUCACGCUGUGAGAGAUGUCGUUGUGAGCCCAACAGGGAGGUGUACUGUUCCAUCUCGGAUUGUCCUGCACCACACUGUGUCAACCCUACAUAUGAGCCCAACCACUGCUGUCCUGUCUGCUACACUGGUGAGUUCACCUCUACAAACACACAACUUUCCAACGCAUAAAUGGUCUCUACCCUCAGAAAGACACAAUUUCUUGCACACCAGUUUACAUGCUAUAAUGAUAGGAUGGACAUACACACAGAUGUGUUCUGUAUCAUAUGGCCUAUACAUACAAUGCAAAUAUACAGAAUCCAUAAGCCUGGUCAUAUGUAACUCAAGCAUUUUGCUGCAUCUGCUAUAACAUCUGCUUAACUGUGUAUGACCAAUAAACAUUGAUUUGAUGUCAACCAUCUAUAAUUAGCUUUGACACAGUGUGUGAAAUUGAUUAUGAAGACAGCUGUAGCUCUUACGUAAUAAUGUUUACGAUGUCAGUAGUUGGCUGCUACCCCGAGUUGGAGUCUAAGGUCAUCAAUAUCUUCAAUUUUUCUUUAAUCACUGCUCCACUGCACUAUUACCAUCUGUACUGUAUGUUCAAAAUGCUAUGUGCAUCAUAUUCAUAUCAAGCUCAAUCAUUAGUUAGAAGUCAAGCCAAGGAGUUUAGGAAAUAUUUCAAUUACUUAGUGACUGAUGUAGGAUCCGAGCAUCCUUAGAACUAAACUAUGGAAUUCAGCAUUGCACAGAUUACAUAACUGAAUUUGGACACUGGAUAAAGAGGGAUGCAAUCAAACAGCUCGAUAGUGCUCUGUCCAACACAGGAAUAGUAACUAGCCCCAGCCUGGUGGGAUAGCGGGGCGAUGUGGGUCAUGGGGCCAUCCAUCCAACAGCAGGCAGUAAAGGAACAGCUUGUGUGUGCGCCGUAUACAGUUCAAUCAAUAAAUCAAUCACAUUUAUUUAUAAAGCCCUUUUUACAUCAACAGUUGUCACAAAGUGCUUAUACAGAAACCCAGCCUAAAACCCCAAAGAGCAAGCAAUGCAGAUGUACACUGAACAAAAAUAUAAACGCAACAUCUAAAGUGUUGGUGCCAUGUUUCAUGAGCUGAAAUAAAAGAUUCCAGAAAUGUUCCAUACACAACAUGUAAAGGACAUUGUAUUAUCGUAUUUUUGUACUCCCCGACGAAGGCCAUGCAGCCGAAACGUGUCAGAGUUUUUUAAAACGUUGUUUCCAUUGAACAUGCCAUACAAAUAAAGGCAUUUUAAUUAAUUAUAUGAAGAGUGCCUUGGUCCUCCUUUCUUUUGAUGACCAAUUUACCCCUGUUACCAAAGAGCACCUUCUGUCUACCAAAAUCUACUAUUGUGUACCUUAGCAGCACUUCCCUUCCUUUGUUUUUUCUGCAACAUGUAAAGUGUUGGUCCCAUGUUUCAUGAGCUGUAAUAAAAGAUCCCAGAAAUGUUCCAUACGCACAAAAAGCUUAUUUCUCUCCAAUUUUGUGCAGAAGUUUGUUUACAUCCCUGUUAGUGAGCAUUUAUCAUUUGCCAAGAUAAUCCAUCCACCUGACAGGUGUGGAAUAUCAAGAAGCUGAUUAAACAUGAUCAUUACACAGGUGCACCUUGUGCUGGGGACAAUAAAAGACCACUCUAAAAUGUGCAGUUUUGUCAUACAACACAAUGCCACAGAUGUCUCAAGUUUUUAGGGAGCGUGCAAUUGGCAUGCUGACUGCAGGAAUGUCCACCAGAGCUGUUGCCAGAUAAUUGAAUGUUAAUUUUAUCAAUGGCAAUUUGAAUACACAAAGAUACCUUGACGAAAUCCUGAGGCCCAUUGUCUCACCUUUUUUUAGAUGUAUCUGUGACCAACAUAUGCAUAUCUGUAUUCCCAGUCAUGUGAAAUUCAUAGAUUAGGGCCCAAUUAAAUGAUAUUCAAUUGACUGAUUUCCUUAUAUGAACUGUAAAAUCUUUGAAAUUGUUGCAUGUUGCAUUUAUAUUUUUGUUCAGUAUAUAUUGGCACCCUUCCACUUCUCUUAAAUAAUUUAUUCUAUAAUAAGUAUGCUUUUUUCCAAUCAUUUGGUCUCUACACAUUAUUGGAUUUUCAACAUUGAAGAAGCAAUUUUGUUUUUUGAAAUUUAAGUUUACAAUUUUAAUUUAGAAAAGAAAAACCAAUGGCAUGGACUCAAUUAUUAGCACCCAAUAGCUAAUACUUGGUUGCACAGCCUUUGGCCAAGAUACAAUAACUGCUGACAAAUGCUUCUUGCAGUCUUCAAUUAGCUCUUUUCUACUGGAAGUUUGGCCCACUCUUCAGCUGCAAAAUGCUCAAAUUCUGCAAUGUUUGAGGGGUGCCUUCCACCAACUGCUGUUUUCAGAUCUCGCCAUAUGUUUUAGAUGGGAAUCAGAUAUGGACUCAAUGCUGGCCACUCCAGAACAGUCUAGUGUUUCUUCUUGAACCAUUCCUGGGUGCUUUUUGAUGCGUGUUUGGGUUUGUUGGCCUGCUGGAAGACCUACAACCUUCAACGGAGACCCAGUUUUUGUACACUGGGUUGAACAUUGGACUACAAAAUACCUUGAUAAUCUGCUGAUUUCAUGAGUUUAAGGCCCCCAGUACCAGAGGCAGCAAAGCAAACUCACAGCAUUAUUGAAACUCCCCCAUGUUUGAUUGUAGGGAUUGUUUGGUUGUCUGUAAACAUAGCGCUGAUUUCAAGAGCUCAAAUUUUGUUUAAUUGGUCCAUAGAACAUUUCCCCCAGGAUUUAGUCUUGUUUAGGUGGGUUUUUGUGAAGUUCAAUAGGGGUUUCUUGUGUAGGGAAUUAUUUAAGAAAAGUGCAAGGGUGCCAAUUUAUUUGGCCACAACUGUGUCUGCCUUUAUGGAUGUGUAAGUAACUCUACAAAGUAUAGCAUAUUGGUGCUGCAAAUGGAUGACAGUGGGGUGGUUUCAAUAAGACUACAGAAGUUUCUUAUUGCAAUGCUGAUAAAAAGACCACAUUAGGUACACAAUUAACAUUUAUGUUGACAUACAUCUGAUAUAUCUACUUAUUUUUCUGCAUCCUGCCUACAGGCCCCAACUGUUUUGUGGGCGACAGAGUGAUCUCGGCAGGGGAGCGGGUAGAGAUAGACGAGCAGACCGUGUGUUACUGCACCUACCGGGACGGCACCUGGCAGAUGCAACCCCAUGCCACCUGCGAGCAGCGCCCGCUGCCGGACCCCGAUCUCAACCCUGUCCCCAACCCCAGCCCCUCUGAGCCCUCCGGGGAAGACGAGACCAAGCAGAUGGACAGGGACUUCCGCCCCAGGCUGGACUGGAUCCCGUGAGCAGGCAGGAGGGUGGGGGUGAGAGGGUAGAAGUGUGCCAAGGGGAAACGGGGAGAUGAUGGG